AUGCCUUCCCCACCCCCCAAGCCAUCUUCUCCUAUCCCCUUCCGUCGUAACCGCGCCCAAACCAUGGACGAAGUCUGGCCUCCCGCCAACCACCCUCAUCAGGGGUACCUCCCUCUCGAUGCCUUUGGCCUCAACUCUGUCCCUCUCGGUGCCAUCGCCGACAACUCAUCAUCCUCUUCGGCUGAAGCUUCGACUGAACAGAACGACGACCCGUUCUACACCACCUCGCCCGCCAAGCCUGCCAAUGGCCCUCUCCAUGUCGUCGACACAAUGCGCCUCCAGGUUGUCCGUGACCAGAAGGACAACACCCUCGGCAUGCGAGUCACCGAUCCCAACAACACCAUGGGAAAGGACGCCAAUGUCUGCGCUCCUCUUCCUCUCGGCAAGACCACUACUGGCAUCGCCUUCAGCGUUGGAUCUCCCCAGGCUAUGAACGAAGCGUACAAGCGAGCCGUCCAAAUUACCGACUCCCAGCGAAUCGUGGGCGUCAUGUUUGCCCCUACCAAGGAACAGGGCAGAGUCCGUGAUGUCGACUGGUCUGUCCUCGAGACUGCAAAGGAUCGCGAGAAGGACACUGUUCCGGCGCUUUCGACUGCUCGCACCCACGGCAUGGGUCACCGCCGUUCUCGUCUCCGCCACACCACCGCCAAUGCUUUUGGUGAGCCGCCCGUGUCUCCCAGCCCCAAGCGUGCCGAGAUGUCUGAGGACUCCGAGAUCGAUGGCGCUGGCAUCGACCUUCGCCAGAUGGUCAAGGAGAUGGCGCUGGAGGACAAGAAGAGCAACAAGUGA